AUGCUCAAAGGUUUAGCCAUCACUCCGCCGAUUUUGGGCCGAAUAUCCAUUGGCAAGCUCGUCGAAAAGAACGGCAAGCGUCUACCGGAAAAGGACGAUCAAUUCACCCUCACCUCCCAAGUGCAGAGCCGUGACGGCUGGUUGCUGCACCCCCUUAACGAAGAAUUGCGCAAUGGCCAGGACGGCAAACUGCGCAGCAUUCCGAUUCGGCUGCUCUUCAACGAGCCGGACCUCAACUUUCGGGCUGACUACAGCCUGUUCGACCGUAACACCGGCCGGCCGCUGUGCGUCGGCAAUGGUGAGACCUGCAAGCGCCUGACCAAGGAUGGCAUCCAGUCAAUGCCCUGCCCUUCACCGGAUGGCUGUUCACUGGCUCAAGGCAAUGCCUGCAAACCCUUCGGCCGGCUCAACGUGGUGAUUGGCGAUGACGAUCCACUUGGCAGCUUUGUCUUUCGCACCACCGGCUACAACAGCAUCCGCACCCUCGCAGCGCGACUGCAUUAUCUGCAAGCCAUCUCUGGCGAUCGACUGGCCUGCCUGCCGCUGGAGUUGCGUCUUCGCGGCAAGUCCACUCGCCAAAGCCACGGUGCACCGAUUUUCUACGUAGACAUCACGGUACGCAGUGGUCUGGGCAUGGAGGAUGCCUUAAUCGCAGCCAAGCAAUUGGAGGAGACCCGCCAAGCCGCAGGCUUUGACCAAAGCGCCUUGGAUCAAGCGGCACGGCAGGGUUUUAACAACGGGGCCUUUGAGGACACCGUGGAGGACACCGGUGCCAUCGUCGAGGAGUUCUUCCCUCUCAUUGAAGAUCAGCCCAGCCGUAUAGAACUCAACCCCCCUCCACUGGCAGCGCCUUCCAAACCCUCACUUGCCCAGAAGCUGGAAUCGCGAGCCUCGCAGCACAAAAGCAGGAAUACCCGAAUGAAAUAUCACAAGCUGAUAGCCGGUGAAACAAUCGGUACCUAUGUCAUGGAAUCCCCGGUUACCGAGGCUGACAUCCUGCAGAUGGCACAACAAUUGGCAAUGAGCCGUCUGUCUAAAGGCCGGGCAUUGACGGAGCCAAAGCAGGUUUUUAGCCACCUGCAAACACUGCUGCAGUACCACGAGCACGAGGUCUUUGCGCUAUUACUGCUCGACAGCAAACAUCGAGUGAUUGCCUUCAGGGAGCUAUUCAGAGGCACGCUGGAUGGUGCCAGCGUGUACCCGCGAGAAGUGGUCAAGAUUGCAUUGGAGCUCAAUGCUGCAGCGGUAAUUCUGGUACAUAACCAUCCAUCCGGCGAUCCUGAACCUAGUCAAGCCGAUCGCACGCUAACCCUGGCGCUCAAGAGCGCCCUCAGCAUGAUUGGCACCCAGACGUUGGAUCACAUCGUUGUAGGUCAUGAAGGCUGCGUAUCUCUGGUUGAACGAGGUUACCUU